GUGGCUCCUUCCUUUCCGUCUCUGGCCGGCUGGGCGCGGGCGACUGCUGGCGAGGCGCGUGGAAGCUCGCGCUAGUCCCCCCUCCGCCUCCUCUCCCGGUCCGGGCCACUAGGGAGUUCGCUGACGCCGGGUGAGCCGAGCCUACCGCCAAGAUGCCGGCCUAUUUCCAGAGGCCGGAAAAUGCCCUCAAGCGCGCCAACGAAUUUCUUGAGGUUGGCAAAAAGCAACCUGCCCUGGAUGUUCUUUAUGAUGUUAUGAAGAGUAAGAAACACAGAACAUGGCAAAAGAUACAUGAGCCAAUUAUGUUGAAAUACUUGGAACUGUGUGUGGAUCUUCGUAAGAGCCACUUGGCUAAGGAAGGUUUAUAUCAAUAUAAGAAUAUUUGUCAACAGGUAAACAUUAAAUCUUUAGAAGAUGUUGUUAGGGCAUACUUGAAAUUAGCAGAGGAAAAAACCGAAGCUGCUAAAGAAGAGUCCCAACAAAUGGUGUUAGAUAUAGAAGAUCUGGAUAACAUUCAGACGCCUGAGAGUGUUCUCUUAAGUGCAGUAAGCGGGGAAGAUACUCAGGAUCGUACUGACAGAUUGCUACUGACUCCCUGGGUCAAGUUCCUGUGGGAAUCAUACAGGCAGUGUUUGGACCUUCUUCGAAAUAAUUCUAGAGUAGAGCGUCUUUACCAUGACAUCGCCCAGCAAGCUUUCAAAUUCUGCCUCCAGUAUACUCGAAAGGCUGAGUUCCGCAAGCUCUGUGACAACUUGCGAAUGCACUUAUCUCAGAUUCAGCGCCACCAUAACCAAAGCACAGCAAUUAAUCUUAAUAAUCCAGAAAGUCAAUCCAUGCAUUUGGAAACCAGACUUGUUCAGCUGGACAGUGCUAUCAGCAUGGAACUAUGGCAGGAAGCCUUCAAAGCUGUGGAAGAUAUUCAUGGGCUAUUUUCCUUGUCUAAAAAACCACCAAAGCCUCAGUUGAUGGCAAAUUACUACAACAAAGUCUCAACAGUGUUUUGGAAAUCUGGAAAUGCUCUGUUUCAUGCAUCUACUCUUCAUCGUCUUUAUCAUCUGUCUAGGGAAAUGAGAAAAAAUCUUACACAAGAUGAGAUGCAAAGAAUGUCUACUAGAGUCCUUUUGGCGACUCUUUCCAUACCUAUUACUCCUGAGCGAACUGACAUUGCUCGACUCUUGGACAUGGAUGGUAUUAUAGUUGAGAAGCAGCGACGCCUUGCAACACUGCUAGGUCUUCAAGCCCCACCCACACGAAUCGGCCUUAUUAAUGAUAUGGUCAGAUUCAAUGUGCUACAGUAUGUUGUCCCAGAAGUGAAAGACCUUUACAACUGGCUGGAGGUAGAAUUCAACCCACUAAAACUCUGUGAGAGAGUCACAAAGGUAUUAAAUUGGGUUAGGGAACAACCUGAAAAGGAACCAGAAUUGCAACAAUAUGUACCACAACUACAGAACAAUACCAUACUCCGCCUUCUGCAACAGGUGGCACAGAUUUAUCAGAGCAUUGAAUUUUCUCGUUUGACUUCUCUGGUUCCUUUUGUUGAUGCUUUCCAACUGGAACGGGCCAUAGUAGAUGCAGCCAGGCACUGUGACCUGCAGGUUCGUAUUGAUCAUACUUCUCGGACUCUGAGUUUUGGAUCAGACUUGAAUUACGCAACUCGAGAAGAUGCCCCAAUUGGCCCUCAUCUGCAAAGCAUGCCAUCAGAACAAAUAAGAAAUCAACUCACAGCUAUGUCCUCAGUGCUUGCAAAAGCACUUGAAGUCAUCAAGCCUGCUCACAUUCUGCAAGAGAAAGAAGAACAGCAUCAGUUGGCAGUUACUGCGUAUCUUAAAAAUUCAAGAAAAGAACAUCAGCGGAUUCUGGCUCGUCGACAGACGAUUGAGGAAAGGAAAGAGCGUCUUGAGAGUCUGAAUAUCCAGCGUGAGAAAGAAGAACUGGAGCAGAGGGAAGCAGAGCUUCAGAAAGUACGGAAGGCUGAAGAAGAGAGGCUGCGCCAGGAGGCAAAGGAGCGGGAGAAGGAACGAAUCCUUCAGGAACAUGAGCAGAUCAAAAAGAAAACCGUUCGGGAGCGGUUAGAGCAGAUCAAGAAGACGGAGCUAGGUGCCAAAGCAUUCAAAGAUAUCGACAUUGAAGACCUUGAAGAACUAGAUCCAGAUUUUAUCAUGGCCAAACAGGUUGAACAACUGGAGAAAGAAAAGAAGGAACUUCAGGAACGCCUGAAAAAUCAAGAAAAGAAGAUCGACUAUUUUGAAAGAGCUAAGCGUUUGGAGGAAAUUCCUUUGAUAAAGAGUGCUUAUGAGGAACAAAGGAUUAAAGACAUGGACCUGUGGGAACAACAAGAAGAAGAAAGAAUAACCACAAUGCAGCUAGAGCGGGAAAAGGCUCUGGAACAUAAGAAUCGAAUGUCACGAAUGUUGGAAGACAGAGAUCUAUUUGUGAUGCGACUCAAAGCUGCCCGGCAGUCUGUCUAUGAGGAAAAACUGAAACAGUUUGAAGAACGGUUAGCAGAAGAAAGGCAUAAUCGUCUGGAAGAACGGAAAAGGCAGCGAAAAGAAGAACGUAAAGUAACCUACUACAGAGAAAAGGAAGAGGAAGAGCAGAGGAGGGCAGAAGAACAGAUGCUAAAAGAGCGAGAAGAAAGAGAGCGUGCUGAGAGAGCAAAACGGGAGGAAGAACUUAGAGAGUAUCAGGAGAGAGUCAAGAAACUGGAAGAAGUAGAAAGAAAAAAACGUCAGAGGGAGCUGGAAAUUGAAGAAAGAGAACGACGCAGAGAGGAGGAGAGGAGACUUGGUGAUGAUCCACUUUCUAGGAAGGACUCUCGGUGGGGAGAUAGAGAUUCAGAAGGCACAUGGAGAAAAGGGCCAGAAGUUGACUCUGAGUGGAGAAGAGGCCCCCCAGAGAAGGAGUGGAGACGAGGAGAGACUCGGGAUGAUGAGAGACCUCACAGGAGAGAUGAAGAUCGGCUAAGACGCUUGGGGGAUGAUGAAGAGAGAGAAUCUUCUCUUAGACCAGAUGAUGAUCGCAUUCCCAGGCGUGGUCUGGAUGAUGACAGAGGGCCUAGACGUGGUCCGGAUGAAGAUAGAUUUUCUCGUAGAGGAACAGAUGAUGACCGUCCUUCCUGGCGUAAUACAGAUGACGACAGGCCUCCCAGGCGAAUUGGUGAUGAUGAUAGAGGAAGCUGGCGUCACACGGAUGAUGACAGACCACCCCGACGGGGACUGGAUGACGACAGACCACCCCGACGGGGACUGGAUGACGACAGACCACCCCGACGGGGACUGGAAGAUGACAGACCACCCCGACGGGGACUGGAAGAUGACAGACCACCCCGACGGGGACUGGAUGAUGACAGACCACCCCGACGGGGACUGGAUGACGACAGACCACCCCGACGGGGACUGGAAGAUGACAGACCACCCCGACGGGGACUAGAUGAUGACAGAGGAAGCUGGCGUACAGCAGAUGAGGACAGAGGGCCUAGACGUGGGAUGGAUGAGGACCGGGGGCCGAGACGAGGAGGUGCUGAUGAUGAGCGGUCAUCCUGGCGUAAUGCUGAUGAUGACCGGGGUCCCAGGCGAGGUUUGGAUGAUGAUCGAGGACCUUGGAGGAAUGCUGAUGAUGAUAGGAUUCCCAGGCGAGGUGCAGAUGAUGACCGGGGGCCUUGGAGAAAUAUGGAUGACGAUAGGAUUGCCAGACGGGGUGAUGAUGCAAGACCUGGUCCUUGGAGACCAUUCGUCAAACCAGGUGGAUGGAGAGAGAAAGAAAAGGCUAGAGAAGAGAGUUGGGGUCCACCUCGAGAGUCAAGACCAUCUGAAGAACGUGAUUGGGAUAGAGACAAAGAGAGGGAUAGAGACAGUCAAGAUCGAGAGGAGGACAAGGACCCUGAAAGAGACAGAGACCGAGACAGAGAUGGAGACCGGGAGGAUCGCUUCAGAAGACCCAGGGAUGAAGGUGGCUGGAGAAGAGGACCAGCAGAAGAGUCUUCAAGCUGGAGAGAUUCAAGUCGCCGUGAUGAUAGAGACAGGGAUGACCGUCGUCGGGAAAGAGAUGAUCGUCGUGAUCUAAGAGACCUGAGAGAAAGAAGGGAUUUAAGAGAUGAUAGAGAACGGAGAGGACCUCCCCUCAGAUCAGAGCGUGAAGAAGCAAGCUCUUGGAGACGAGCUGAUGACAGGAAAGAUGACCGGACUGAAGAACGGGAUCUACCUCGUCGUGUUCCUCCCCCAGCUCUUUCAAGAGAUAGAGAGAGAGAACGAGAAGGUGAGAAAGAGAAGGCAUCCUGGAGAGCUGAGAAAGAUAGGGAGUCCCUUCGUCGUACUAAGAAUGAAACUGAUGAAGACGGAUGGACCACAGUACGACGUUGAGCCCCAGCAAUGGUGGAGUCAAACUUGUGUCUACAUAGGUUUGACCACAUUCAAGGAUUAUUAUACUUGUGCUUCACCCAGUCUAAAUUGAAUUCUUUAAUGUUGUCUCACCAUAACUCAAAAAGCAUGAACUUGUAUUAAUCAUAUAUAAUAGAUUGAUCAUGCACUGUAUUCACAGGAGGUUGAAAAACCAUUCCAUUUUCCGGAAUUUAAGGUGUUGCAUUAUUUCAUCAAUCAUUUGUUUAAAAAAAAAAAACUAAAAAAUAAAAAUGAACCCUUCAGGUGUUAACACCUAUAUCUUGGUAUACAAAUGAUUUUUUUUUUUUAUUUUGGAAUAUCAGAUUAAUUUGGAAUAAGGUAAGGUUCUGUUAAAAUAUUUGAAAACCCUUUAAGCCAAUGAGUCUGACAGCUUUCCCAUCAUUAGUGGGAACAUACCUUCUUAGGUAUUUACUAUUAACUACACUUAGACAGUUUAUAGCUUCUGACCAGUGUAGUAGACAUGGCAAACACUGGUUGCAAAGGGGUUUUCUGUAGACUUUACUUGAGAGAGGUGAGUAUAAAGCAUUUUGUAGUCAUCAUGACAACACUGCUCAAGCGCAGAUCCAGAACAGUACAGCUCUGGAUUCCUAGAGCAUUUGGUAAACUGUUGCUGUUUCUUUUUUCUGUUGCCAAAAGAAGACUGCUUUCAAACUAAUCCAUGCCUUUCAAGCCUUUUAAAUAUGACAAUAUUUAUAAAUGUGUGGUUUGGAGGAAUUGUUUAAAUUCUUUUUCCUAAUUUUCUUUCUUCAGGAUAGAUUAUUUCAACGCGUAAUUUGUAGUGAUGACUGUGUUGACUUCAAUUUUGGAGUGUAGUAGCUGUGUUAAAGAGUAACCAUUUGGUUUUAUUGAAGCCAACACAGAACUUGCUGCUGUGUUUUUUCUUCAGUGAUAAAUAAAAUACUUACAUAAUUGG